CAUGCACUCGUACUCAGGCUUCAAAAACAACAAAAUGCCUGGAAGAAAAAGGAAAUACAACACAAGGUUUCCUCCCUCUCGUAUCAAGAAAAUAAUGCAAAAAGAUAAAGAAGUGGGGAAAGUCGCAGCUGCUGUACCUGUUAUUAUAUCUAGAGCUCUGGAGAUUUUUCUGAAGUCUCUUCUGACACAGACCAGUCAAAUCACCCAGUCCAAACACACCAGAACCAUGACCCAGGCACACUUGAGGCAGUGCAUAAACACAGAGAAGCACUUUGAUUUCCUGAAGGAUCUGGCAGCUCAAUUGCCAGCUCUCCAGCCCUCCCAGGAAGAGAGCUUAACCAAGGGAGUCUGGUCUAGUCACAGGAAAAGGUGGCAGGAUGUGGGACAGAAAGCCAAGCGUGGUCCAACUUGGAAAGUAGGGCCAUCAAAAAAGGCUGGGGAAUCACAGAUUGUUAGUAGCCAAAUGCAAGAUUCCAUGGAAACUCAGCCAGAUUCUGAUGACUCUGAACCAGAGCUAGUAAUCUGCCUGGAUAAAGGGGAGUCUCCAUCUCACAUCAGUAGGUGGAACAUACAUUCUGGACGGUCAAGAUCCAGCUAUUUCAACAGUUCUUGUACCCAUAAGAUCUUAUCAAAAUAAUCAACAAAGGCGGCAGACACUAAAAGCUACUGGGUUGUCAACUUUAAAAAAAUAUAUAUAAAUAUAUGUUUUUGCAGUCUUUAUUUUGAUAUUAAAAGUUUUAUCUUAAUAAUGUUAAAGUAAGCAAUUUAAAAAAUAUUAAUUAAUAAGCUUCCACAGAUUAGGGAGGCAAAAAUUGUCAGGUACUGUUUCUCUUCACCGCGCUACAGUGGACCCAACUGGCCAGGUGCUCGUUCAGCUCAAUAUGGCUUUUCUGUUAAGGGGCUUGUAGCUUGCAGCCUACUGACAUCUGCUCGCCCACUGACUGUUUUUGGGGCUUGGGGAGAGAAAUUGGGUAAAAUUAUUGGACACACUAAAUUUAUUUAUUUAAAAAUAAAAAUAAAACAUAGAAAAGGAAUCUUAUUUUUGGAUGACUUUGGUUGUAUGUUUUCAAGUUUGUGAUAGGCCUUCCCUAAAGUGUAACGUGACUACGCCUAUUCUGAGCGAUAACAGAAUUAAAGGCCUUAUUUAUUUUGAAAAAUAGUUGUGUGUUAUUUAGUUAUUUUUGUUUUCUUUUUUGGCUAAAUGUGAAUAUUUGUGGGCUGAGACAUGUUAAAAUUAAGUUUAGUUUUGCUUUCCCUAGAUUGUAGAGGGGUGUGCAAAUGAUAAAAUCCAGUUUGGAGCCCACUUUUGUACAGAAUCAGUUUGCAAGCAUUCAUUGGAUUAGAGAAUAUUAAAGAGUAAUGUUAUAAUAUAAACAAUUUUAUUCUGGCACUGACAAGUUUAGUUAAAUGUAAAACACUUGAGGUAAAACUGAUGUUACUAUGUUGUGAGGGGUAUGUUUUUGUUCAUCUGUCGCAUAACACUGUGACUUUUGCAACAUUUAAAAAGUAUCUUCAGAUGUUCUUUAAUUUCUGUUUUACAUCUCCCUUACUAUUUGUAAUGGUGUCUGCAAGCAUCAGAGUGGCGAUGUUGUUCCAAUAUUGAGUUAUAAUUUUUCUCUAAAUAUGCCUUUACCUUACUUUGAUCUGGUUUAAGCCUGUCUGGAGAAAUCCAAGUGGCAGGAUUCCUCAUUCCAUUCAAAUCGUCUGACAAUUCAACUCUGCCAGCCCCCCAGCUCAAUCUGGUAGCGAGACCCCUGAACCAUGCAGAAGAAUUGCAAACAACAUGAAAUAGUAAGGGUACUGUAAAUUUAAAUAACCUUGGAAACUACUUUAUCUUGAAAUGAAUAGUGCUGGUUUGAUGGUCAACAGUACAAGCACUUAAUAAUAAUAAUAAUAAAAAAACAAACAAAAAAAAUCACAAUUGUGUUUGAAAAGAACAUUGCAGUAAACUGCUUUUUCAGUAAUUACCAAUGAAAUAAACCAAUACAUUAGUACUGCGCAGAUAAAGUGGCGCGGUCAUGGAUGUGGUACUGUUUUUUUGUUUUAGAGCAAGUUGAAAUCAAAGUGCCUUAACCAUAUACUGUACUUCGUCUCAGCAAGCAGAAAAAACUACUCCUAUUAAAAGUGUAAAUCUGUAUAAAUGUAUAUAGAAGAAUCUGUUAAACUGUAAAAGAUAGCGUGAUGUAAAUCCCUGUGAAGAUGACAUGCAUUAUUUUUUCAAGCUGUAUUGCUUAAUGUUACCUGCCCAAGAUUGCAGAAUAAAUAUUGAGUAAGUGUUGUUUUCUAGAAAAUACAAUGCUUUUGACUGCAUUCCUCUGUGUGCAAAGACCCUUACUUAAUUAGGUUCUAAAGUAACUAGCACAAACACAUCCACCCCUAUACGUUCUGUAUCACCGGGAAUAUUUAAGUUAAAACAGUAAUACUGUAGAUUUAAUACUUUGCAUUUACAUUUAUAGGUUUACAGGUUAGUAAACUAAUUGCAGUGUUUGGUGAUGCACUUAUUAGAUCAAAUUGCUUUACUUAAUAUAUUUGUCCUUAUAAUGGUAAAGAAUGUAUUACCUUCCAUGUUAAAGAUUUUGAACUGGAUUAUUUAAAAACCUCACUGGUGGCUCAGUAUGUUAAGUAAAACGUUAUUUCAAACAAAAUGUGAAUACUUGAAAUGGGACAGUGCCUUUUCAUUCCACAGAUUGGUUACUUAACUUUUUUAUGCCAUUUUUGGACUUUGGUCUGAUUUUCUGGAUAAUUUAAAAGCACUUUCUACCAGUCAUGGCCCUUUCCAGCCUGCAAACCUAAAUUAUUGUAAAACAUCUUUAAGAUAACAAUCCAAACUUGUCUUUGAUUUAGCACAAUAUGGUUGUGAUUUUAGUUUUCUAGCUGUGUUUGGAAAAGCAUUAUUUUGGUUUGUGGUCUCAUAC